AUGCUUUCGGUACUAAUAUCGGGAACGCCUAGAAACGAUAUUGAUGUGUUUUUGGAUCCUUUGAUUGAUGAUCUACAACUCUUAUUUGAAGAAGGAGUUGAAACAUAUGACGCCUAUGCACAAGAAAAAUUUAUUCUACGUGCAGUUGUUUUAUGGACGAUUAAUGAUUACCCUGCUCUUGGUACACUAUGUGGCUGCCCUUAUAGUGGAUUCCAUGGUUGUGUAGUGUGUCGAAAAGAAACUCAAUGUUGUAGACUUCCUUUCUCAUCCAAGCAGAGUUAUGCUGGUCACAGAAGAUAUCUACCAUAUAACCAUCCUUUCAGAAAGCAAACGAAGGCGUUCAAUGGAAAACAAGAAUGGGGAACUACUGCAAAUCCUAUGACCGGGGAAGAAAUAUUCAACGAGAAUGUGGCUGAGAGUAUUGUCGGAACAUUGCCAAACGUUCCAGGAAAGACGAAAGAUGGAUUGAAUGCUCGAUUGGAUCUGGCACAUUUUGGGUUAAAACAAGAGUUGCAGGCUAAAAAACAAGGCAACAAAACAAUACUUCCUGCAGCAUGUUACACAUUAACGAAAGAUGAAAAAGACAAGUUUUGUGAAACAUUAUACAGCUUAAGGGUUCCACAAGGGUAUUGUUCUAAUUUUUCUAGUUUGGUGAAUCGAAAGGAUAGGAAACUUGUGGGACUUAAAUCACAUGAUUAUCAUAUGCUUAUGCAACAGUUUUUGCCCAUUGCAAUACGCAAAGAAAUCAAGGUAGAAGAACUAGAUAAGUUGCAAGAAGAGCUUUGUGUGACACUGUGUCUGCUCGAGAAAUAUUUUCCCCCAUCCUUUUUCGAUAUUAUGAUUCAUUUAACUGUGCACCUUACUAGGGAGGUAAAAUUAUGCGGGCCAAUAUGCUUUCGGUGGAUGUAUCCCUUUGAAAGGUGCAUGAAGGUUAUUAAAGGGCAUGUGCGAAACAAAACUUAUCCAGAAGGAUGCAUUGCUGAGGAGAAUGUUGCAGAAGAAACAAUUGAGUUUUUCAGCGAAUACCAAAAAAACAUGAAGACUAUUGGUAUUCCACCAUAUAAGUAUAAGACAUCUGAAAAUGAUAACGGGGAAGGAAAUCCUUUGUCAGCCGGUAAACCAGUUCUAGUUUCUCCGGAACUCUCAUUGAAAGCACAUUUCUAUGUAUUGCAAAAUACGCCCGAAAUUGUGCCUUAUAUUGAACAACACAUGACCUUUUUGAAAAACCGACAUGGUGGUAAACCACAAGCGUGGUUGGAGAAAGAGCAUAACACAACGUUUGGUCACUGGUUACGUAACAAGGUUGAAAAAGAGUUAGCGGUUUCCACAGAAAGUAUAUCAGAAACCGUAAAGUGGAUUUCACAUGGAGCACACAGCAACGUAUUAAAAUACGAUGUAUAUGAAAUCAAUGGCUAUACAUUUCGUACAAAAGCUCGUGACGGUGGAGUUUACCAAAACAGUGGGGUUGGUGUAGAGGCAACUGACAUGCACAUUUCUAAAGAAGUAGUAACCUACAGAAAAAACGUCUAUUAUGGGGUAUUACGAGAGAUCUGGGUACUAGAUUAUCAUAUUAAAAGAAUUCCUCUUUUCUUAUUAGGCCACAAGGAUGAUCCGUUCAUAUUGGCCUCACAAGCACGACAUGUGUUUUAUGUUAAAGACCAGCUGGAUAAAAAAAUGUCUAUUGUCUUUAUGACACCUCCCAAAAACUAUAGAGAUUCGUAUGACGACGUUGAUGAGGAAACUAGUACUGUCAUUUUUCCUCACAAUGAUAAUAUAUUGCCACGUGUAGAUCCACUUGACAUGGGUAAUGAAUCACGCGAUGAUUAUUACAGAACCGACUGUAACGUAUAG